AUGGCAAAUGUCGAUGAAUGGGCAACUUUAAAUAAUUUACCACUGAAUGCGGAUAAGAUGAAGAUUAUGGUUGUUGGUGGGAAACGUUCUACUGUACAUGUUGCCACAGGCAUUGAUAUUAACUUAAAUGGCUCAAACAUUUCUCAAGUGAGUAACGCUAAACUUCUGGGUGUGGGAGUUGAUUCAGAACUGUCGUUUGAUAAUCACGUUAAUUCUACUUCAAAGAAAAUUUCAAAGCGACUUGGAAUUUUGAAGCGAGUCAGCUCAUAUCUUCCAAUUCCUGAAAGAGUCUUGUUCUAUAAUGCAAUGAUCAAGCCGUUGUUCAUGUACUGUAGUGUUAUUUGGUCUAAUUGUAGACAAGACAACAUAUUGAAACUUUUCAAGCUUCAGAAGCGUGCCGCUAGAAUAAUUUUAAAUUUGGAACCACGGCAUCCGUCUAUUGAUGCAUUCAAUCAACUUAAUUGGAUUCCUUUUCAUGUCGAAUCAGAUAUCAGGAGGUGCAUGUUGGCGCAUAAACGUAUUAAUGGUGAGGGACCAGAAUAUCUGAAAGAUUUGCUGGUUUUGAAUAGCGAAGUGCACUCUUGUUCCACACGUGGUGCAGGACUGUUAUUUAGAACGCCGAAAUAUUAUCGUCAAACUGAGGGUGGUAAAAGGUUUUCAACAUGCACAAGUAAACUUUGGAACAGUUUACCGCUGAACAUAAGAUCCAUUGCAUCAGCCAAAACAUUUAAACAGUCUAUUGUUAAUAUAUUUUUAGAAUAUCAGAAAGAACAUAAACAUUUUACUACUUUUACUACAAUAUUUUCAAACUACUAAUUUUGUAUUUUAGAAAUCUUAUUUAUGUAUAUAUUGUUUAGUUAAUCUAGUAUGUAUUAUUGUAAUAUUUUAUUGUAUCUGAGGGCCACAGGUUUGUUAGUGUGAAUUCACUGUUAUGUGCUACCCUCGUAAAAUAAUGUUUUUCAUUCAUUCAUUCAUUCAUUCAUUUUGAUCCAUGAUCUUUAAAUUUUAUACGAAAAAGAUUAUGAAAGAAAGUAAAGAUUAUUAUUACAUAUAUAAAUAGUACCACUGAAAUGACCAACAUUAUGCUCAACCAAGUCAUCUUACUAUAUCUGUGUGUUAUUUGCAGGACGCAGCAGCAUGCAUUGAGUUCUGGAGUAUGUUUAAGAGAGCAAAGUUUGUUCUAGAAAAAGCGAUGGAAGACGUUCCAGAUUAUAAGGACAUUAGUUCUGAAGAAAAAGUUGCUGUUGAUUGCCUCGUGACUUUCUUGCGGGUUGGAACUUUUGAAGCCCGAGCCUAUGGCGGGUGAUGUGUGUCAAAAUUCAAUGACACAUUUGGCAAUGAUAACAUAACAUUUUGCUACAAUACUAACACAUUUGGCAAUGAUAAAGUAACUUUUUGCUACAAUUUUGAGGUGGUUACAAAAUUAUUUUGUAUAUUUUGAGACAAUAAUAAACCAUUUGGCAAUAAUAACACUCAAUUUUGCAAUCACAAAAUUAUAUUUUUUUAAUACGACGAUAAAAUUCUAUUUGUCAAGUAUUGCUUCCCAUUUGGCAACGAUUACAAUUUGGCAACGAUUACUGAUGUAAAAUCAAUUUGGCAAAGUCAAUCCCAUGAUGCAGCGCCAGCAGCAUUUAAAAUGGCGCCAAAAUAUGGCGCGAAAUAUUUACGUAAUAAAAAUAAAAAUGGCGGAUAAUCAGCAAGCUUCGUCUGCGGCCGAUGAAAUUCAGUCAUCCCUUCUGCAAGCCAGAGAUCUUAUUGUUCAAAUUAUUGAUGGAGUUUCCAACUCGCCAUCGACAGCUAACACAUCGACAGCUAACACAUCGACAGCUAACACAUCGACAGCUAACACAUCGACAGCUAACACAUCGACAGUAAGAACCCCUAACACAUCAACAGCUUAUUCAUCGACAGUAAGAACCUCUCUCUUGAGUGAGCAACAACGCAUUAAUACUCCCAAUAAUACAAAUUUACAUAAUAGAGCGUUGGAAGAGCACUGUCGAUUGUUUGGGUUUUCUGGACAGUCGAUCGUUAGUAGUACUUCACAAUCAAACGGGAAAAGAAGUCGUGGAAAAGGCGAGAAGAAUGGUAAAAGUGCAAAGAAACCUAAAGUUGCUACUUGGACUCAUGCUUUCGUUUGCCUCGCAAAGAGAACCCAAGUACUCUUGCUUACACCUUGAGAGAGGUAUGAAUUAAAAUCUGCAGGACUCGGUGAGAAAAAGAUAACCGUUGAGAUUAAAGACAAGGGAUUUGAAGACUUAUAUAGUAUUCUUUUGCAAGAAUUCCCAUUGCUGUCUCAUGCAGGUGGGAUCGAGUUGAUGCGGACAGGUUUUGGGGCUAGGAGCAAAACCCUUGAAGUGAUUCCUGUACCAACCGGUUCCUCCAGUUACAGCAUCCAAUACCUAAAAGAGGUACUCCAACAGGCUAAGUGCUAUGUUAGACCAAUUCAGAAGGAUUUACCUGUGGUUAUUCCUCACGACUGCCAGGGCAAUUUAAAUACUUCUAUUAAUGAGGUAAGACUGUAGUUUAUCUUGGAAAAGCAGGGCCUUUUUAACUAUAUAACUGGGGUUGAUUGGUGGUGGGGUGCAAAGCCCCCUCCAGCAGCCAAUACUCCCCCCCCAAAAAAAAAAUCAACCAUCCUCCCCCCCAGUCAAAGCCCCUCUUCUCUAAAAUAUGAGCAAAACAAGAGGUGCCGCAGGUGGCACAAGGUUUACGGCCGGUUACUUUAUAUAAAGUUUAUACUUUAACACAUUGCGUCUCAACUACAUUUAUUGAAUACAGGUGUCAGCCUCCCCCCUGGAAGGGGAGGGGGGUGCAGCCACCCAGCUGUUCAGCUAAACUCAAUCUUCUCUCCAAAAACAGACCCAAGAGAAAAUCCCUGCAUUUACUGUAAUAUUGUAAAUGUAAAAAGUUUUCCUAAUUCUUUUGUGAUGUGUAUUUAGGAAUCAUCUUGCCCAAGUGAACAGUGCAGGUUGUGUUUGAAGAGUAUUCCAAUUUUGCAAAUGCGGAGGCAUAUGUGGUCCUGUGAGAUUACUGAAUCAUCAUUUUCUGUCGAGGUAUUCUUCUAUGUAUAAUUAACCUGAAAAAAAUUUUAUUUUGAACUUCAGACACUGUAAUACUAAUAGUUAUAUCUGUAAUAAGUGGAAUAUAUUAAUAUAAUAAUAGUUAUGUCUGUAAUAAGUGGAAAUAUUCUUUCACUUAUAGCCAGAAAUAAUAUGUGAAUCAGAUGAGGAAUCCAACUCUAUUCCGGAGUCUCUUCCACAUUCUGAAUCUCCUUCUACAAGUGGAAGUAGCUCUAUGGUGUCUUAUAUGGUAAGAAACAAUUCAUUAUUUAAUUUGUCAUUUGUCCACAUUUAUUCGGUUAGUGAUUUUAAUACCAUUUUUAUUGAGUAAAACUUUGAUUUUUAGGAGCCUGGUAUUGACGAAUUGAGAAAAAUUUUUCCAGAUCCUCCAAACCAAGUAUUGGUUGAGGCAAUGCUAAAAGGUGGAACCGUUGAAGAAGCGAGUAAUAUUUUACUAGAUCAAACAACAACUGGUAUGUGCAUAUCUAUUGCUGUUGCACAAAUAUUACUUUAUUCUGUCAACCAAACAAUGAAUCAGUUCUAUUUAGUGUCUUCUAUUUUUCAGAUCAUUCAAAGUUUAUUCAAGACGAAUCCGAUCUUGCAGAAAUCAUGUUUGGAUUAAAAGAGGAUUUACCCAUUGAUGAAAUUCAAAAGUUCAGUAUAGACCAUCAAGAGCUCUGGAAGAUAGCAUAGCAGCAUUCAAAAACCCUAAAUUCAAAGAUUCAUUUCGACCACGUGUAAGAUUUCUUGGUGAAGCUGGAGUAGAUGCUGGCGGUCUCUCUCGAGAAUAUGGACUUAUUCUGCGUAAAGAAAUAUUCUCAUCUAAUGCCAACCUAUUUGAAGGAAAGCAAACCAGAAAAUUGCCAAUAUACAACAUCAAUGGCAUUCAGUCAAAUCUAUACUAUCUGGCUGGAAAGAUGGUGGCUUAUCUCAUUAUUCAUUUGGAUAUUGGCAUCCCAAUGUUAAGUCCAGCAUUCUAUUAUUAUCUUGUUUCCAAAGAUAUUGAAAAAGCAUCAGAAUACUGCUGCAUUGAGGAUGUACCAGAUCAUGAGACAAAAGAAUGGAUUAAUCAGGUAAAAAUAGUCAGACACUUUUACUGCACAGUAAUGAGUAACUUCACUGCGCCUUAUCCCUGGUAUACUUAGUAUAAGGUGAUCAUGCGGUGGCGUGUAUGGAAAUUUUGCGAAAUUGGAGGAGCGGCUGGGGUGAGUCCAAUUUCGCAAAAUUUCCAAACAUCACGAGUACUAUUAAUCCCUCUUUCUACGAGCAACAUUGCAUGAUUACUUAUUUAUUAUUAGGGACCGGUCAUUUAUGGAAGGGGGGAGGGGGAAUUUUUUCUUUCCUAAAUUUUUAAAAUUGAAAGCCCCCCCCUUAAAAGAGCAGAAAUUUAAUGAUGGCCCCCCUUACAUAUUAGAAUAUUUUUCUUUGACCCCCCCCCCCCAUUUUUACUCGACAAAUGGGGAUACCCAGGCGUUAUAAUGUCAAUUAUUAAUUAAAUAAGAAUAUAGAGCUGACAAGAUAUUAACCUCGUCCAAAAAUAUGUAUUCAAGCAGAAAAUUAUAAUUAAAAGAGGGGUAUUUUCAUAUAUAACUCUAAAAUCAGGUUUCCAUUUGGUCUGGGCGAUUGUAACCAUGUUUAACGGCAGAGAAUUAAUAUUAGUGUUUGGAGCUAGGUGCCGUUUGUGGUCCAAGGCUGUAACUAGAUUUGAUGGCACAAAGUAUUGCCAUAGCAGCUGCGUAGCAAUGAGAGUAACAAUCAGUAAUAUUAGCAGCAAAAAGAGAUAGCCAUGACAAUUCUGGACAUUCUGCCAAGGCAUACCUCCGGCACCAGUCACACUGACAAGUCAGUGGAAACGAAAUAUAAUGUAUUAACAGACCUGCCAAGUUCGGAUGAUAAAAAUGUGUGAUCAUGGCCGUUGCAAGGACUUUGCCUUGGGGAAGGGUUAGAUUUACCGCCUGAAUUGUUUCGAUUCACCUGAUUUUGCGACCGACCGCGAGGCGCCAUCAUGGUUGGCGCCGAGCAAAAAAAAUUGAAAAGUUGAAUUCUCUAGACCGUCGGAAAUAGCAUUUUUACAGUCUUUCCUACCCAAGAUUUCAAUGUUUUACUACUGCCCUCUGACUACUGCCUAACAAUGAAGAUAAGUAAAAUAACUACUUAUCAAUAUGACAGUGUUACUUACAGUUUAAUGUGACUAGGAGAAUUGAGAAAAUUUUGGAAAUUUGAAGUCUCCAGAUUGUCAGAAAGCGUAUUUGUCCAUGUACCCCCAGGCCACAAUGCGUCUGAACGUCUUUAUUUGGUUGGUCGAUUGUUAACUCUAAUUCUACAUUUGCACACAGCGUUGUCAAUGAGUUAUUGUACGAAAAGUGGGAUAGCGUCAUAUAAUGGUAAAAAUGCGUAACUUUAAGAUCAUUUUAGUUAUGCGUGCGGGACAGCGGGAAUAAAAGCAGAAUGCAUAACUUUCACACGAAAUGCGGGAACCUUGGCAGAUCUGUGUAUAGUGGUCUAUACAUCCUAUUUUAUGUGAGAUUAAAAAUUAUAUAAAAUAAAAUGACAUACUACCAGAUAAAAUCCUCUAGAAUAAACAUGGGUAGGUGGGUAGGGAAAAGGUAUCUAAGUGCUAAACUUGCUGCAGCUAGGCAAAGCAUACAAUGGCAGAAUGAAUAUCCAGACCGAAGCACUGAUCACAAGGUGCGAAACAACCCCCUUUAGAUUCACAUACUCCCUUCAGUGGAUGUGGCCUGCAUAAUACAUUUGCUGUUAACCUUGCCUAAAUGUAUUUAACCACAUCAAGAUGUCUGAUGUAAUAACACAUUGUCCAUUUAUCUCUGCAAUCAGUAAAGACUGAUUUGCAUACAGCACACAGAAGACAAGAUAAAUCCAGACUAUUUCACACCAGUGACCAUGAUUUAGUCGCAAUUACAACCAAAUGGAUACCAUGCUUAUUAAGCAAAUUCCUUCAAAUUUAAUUGCAACCCCCCCCUCAUUUUCUUGAAAAAUUUAAUAGCCCCCCCCCCCUUCUAGUCAUUUAUUUAUACAUUUGGCCCCCCUCACUUUUUCCCUCCCCCCCCUUCCAUAAAUAAUGACCGGUCCCUUAGCAUCACAAAAUUGGAUAAUUCUCAAUGUCAUCACAUUCUCUCGCCAAAGCCCAGUCCUGGCAGACUUCCAACCACAAUUUGGUUCUUGUGUUCGUAUUUUCAUUUAGUUCUGUUGCUUUAAGUUCCUCUAGCAUUGUCAUGUGUGUUUAAAUACCUUUCCGCCAUUUUGUUUGUUUUGGGAAAAUCAUUAAUUGUACUGCAGUACAAUUAAUGAAAAUAUGAAAUAAUUGUACUCCUGGGACUCAACCAAUCAGCGUCCAGUAAUUUUGUCACGCUGAUAAUAAGUACACACUCAAUAAGAUAUUUUAGCUAAUGUUAAUUGGAAGUCGUAAGCACAGUUCUGUUUAUAAGUACUUAUGAGGACUUGCAUUUUUAAAUUUAGGUGAAUGAAGCAAAGACCAACCAGGAAAUACUUGAGCUAGUUCAGAGUCAUGACAUGAUUGAUUCAUUGCUAAGAUCAGGAUGGGUUGAUUCAGUUACCUUAUCAAAUAGAGAUAUUGCCUUGCAGAAUUUAAUCGUUCAUGAGGUUUUGGUAAAACGAAAGGAAGCUUUAGAUCAAUUUUGCAAGGGUUUAAAAGCACUUGGUGUUCAUUCUGCCAUUCGGACAUGUCCAGAAGAAAUGAAAGUAUAUUUUAUUGCCCAGCAGAGACAACUUUCAGCUACAACAGUGCUAGAGCUGUUUGCUAACAUUGAUGCUGUUCAAGAAUGUGAUAUGUGUGAAAAAGCCCGAGGUUUUUUGAUUGACUGCAUUCACUUUUUGGAAACAGGUGCUGGCCUUAAGUUAUUUUUAAAAAUUGCAUGUAUCAAAUGAGCAAUCCAAUUUUCAAGCAAACGAAUAACUGACUCUGUCAGUGAAACUCUGGAACGUUAUUUAUUUGGAAUUUUACAUCGGUCAUAUGUAAAAAGCUAUUAAAAAAAUUAGACAUGUUAAUUAAAGUAAUAAAUAUUUUAUUCUAUAUUUUACUGCUUACAUUUCAGAUGAAGGUGAAGCUGGUCUUAAAAAGUUUAUGUGCUAUAUGACAUGUGCUGAAGAAAUCCCACCUCUUGGAAUGCCUCAGAAAAUUGAAGUUGUCUAUGUUAAUCAGUCAAAUUUCUUUGCAGAAACAUGCAUGUAUGAGUUAAAAGUUCCAAAAACUCAUGAAUCUCUUGACAAUUUCAAAGAUUCAUUCAUGCAAGCUUGUGCUCACAACAAAGGCUUUGGGGCAGUUUGA